AUGACAACCAUCUCGAACUGGCCCCCUCGGAAGAGCGAGGCUGUCAUGCUCGUCAGGCGGCGGAACGACGAAGGCCCAGACAUCCGAUUGAUGGGCGAGAAGAUCGAGAUCAAAGCUCACACAAAAUACCUGGGACUCAUCUUAGAGCGAAAUCUCACGUGGAAAAUGCACCUCGAGAUCACACUCACUAAAGCAGCGCAAGUCGCAACGAGCAUGGCCAAGAUCCUGCCGAGAACGUACGGUGCGGGCGAAAUUCAGAGGAGGAUGAUGGCUACGGUAGCCGAGUCGAUUGUGAUGUACGGAGCCCCAAUCAGGGCCCCUACAGCCAUGAAAUUCCAGAAGUACAAAAACCUGAUGGAGAAGACCCAGAGAAUCAUGGCCAUUCGAACCACGAGAGCCUAUAAGACGAUAUCAACGGACGCGGUCCUUGUCCUGAAUGACGCCCUGGAGCCUCCUGGCAACGGAACGGACGCUGUUGUACGAAGGGAGGACAAACGAAGAACCCCGGGAUGUCCCCAACAGAGAAGCAUGGGAGCACCCAAACGAUGA